UCUAAAACCCUUGUCAUUUCAUUUCUCACUUUUUUAACGUUAUUCUCUCUCUGCAUCUAAAACCCUCGCCUCCUCAACCUUCACCUUCUUCACUCCAAAUCAAUGGCUACUACGCUUCUUCUCCGAAACUCAUCUUCAUCUUCCAAACGUCUUUCUCCUCUUCUCUUCUACUCUCAAUUCCACACUUCCCUCACUCGUUCACCUCAAUCUCAAUCCCCUCUCACCAAUGACAAUACAUCUCCUUCUUCCUCAAACCCUUGGUGGAGAUCCAUGGCUACUUUCACCAGAACGAAGCCUCAUGUUAACGUUGGAACUAUCGGCCACGUAGAUCACGGCAAAACCACACUCACUGCUGCAAUCACCAGAGUGCUUGCUGAUGAAGGGAAAGCUAAGGCUAUUGCUUUUGAUGAAAUUGAUAAGGCGCCUGAAGAGAAGAAAAGAGGAAUUACAAUUGCUACGGCACAUGUUGAGUAUGAGACUGCUAAACGACAUUAUGCUCAUGUAGACUGUCCUGGACAUGCAGAUUAUGUCAAAAAUAUGAUUACUGGAGCUGCCCAAAUGGAUGGUGGUAUCCUUGUUGUAUCUGCACCUGAUGGACCAAUGCCUCAAACCAAGGAGCACAUUCUUCUAGCUCGCCAAGUUGGUGUGCCGUCUCUUGUGUGCUUUUUAAAUAAAGUUGAUGCUGUCGAUGAUCCAGAAUUGUUAGAGCUUGUAGAAAUGGAGCUUCGUGAGCUUCUGAGCUUCUACAAGUUCCCUGGGGAUGACAUCCCUAUCAUUAGAGGUUCAGCACUGUCUGCUUUAAAUGGUACUAAUGAAGAGAUUGGCAGCAAGGCCAUUCUAAAAUUAAUGGAUGCUGUAGAUGAAUACAUCCCUGACCCUGUUCGUCAGCUUGAUAAGCCUUUCUUGAUGCCCAUUGAAGAUGUGUUCUCAAUUCAGGGACGAGGAACAGUUGCUACUGGCCGUGUUGAACAAGGGAUCAUCAAAGUUGGUGAUGAAGUUGAGAUUUUAGGUCUGAUGCAGGGUGGUCCUCUUAAAACAACAGUCACUGGAGUUGAGAUGUUCAAGAAGAUCUUGGAUCAAGGACAAGCCGGUGAUAAUGUUGGUCUUCUUCUCCGUGGGCUGAAACGUGAAGACAUACAACGUGGUCAGGUCAUUGCUAAACCCGGUUCUGUAAAAACUUCCAAGAAAUUUGAGGCAGAGAUAUAUGUACUCACAAAGGAUGAGGGUGGACGACACACUGCUUUCUUUUCUAACUAUAGACCUCAAUUUUACUUGAGGACUGCUGAUAUUACUGGAAAAGUAGAGUUGCCUGAAAAUGUUAAAAUGGUUAUGCCUGGAGACAAUGUUACUGCUGUGUUUGAAUUGAUUUUACCAGUUCCACUUGAAACAGGGCAAAGAUUUGCUUUGAGAGAGGGUGGCAGAACAGUUGGUGCAGGUGUGGUAUCAAAAGUGCUGAACUGAAGUCAUUAAAAAAAUUUAGUCCGUCACAUUUGCAAAGGGGGGGUUUCAACCCCGGGAUCCGAUUAAUCUAUUGAAAAUACAAUCCCUGUGAUAACCAAUUAAUACUCGGUGGUGGUUGGAUGAUGAUUUGAGUAAAUUAUAGAGAAGCUCAUCUUCAUGGUUCAUUUUUUUAGUUCAUAUUGUCAACAUUGGUUCACAAAAAAAAGAAGCUCAAUAGCUGCAGACUCUUCCUGCUUUAUGAAAAAUAAUAUGUGAAUGAGUAAUCUCUUUAUACGUUAACAGUCUAAGUCAUAGAUGUUGGAUUUUGCAGUCUUUUUUAUCUUAAAUUAUUAUUAUUCAUUGUGCUUUAA